CCAUGUCAUUAAUGAAGAUGUUAUACAGUAUUGGCUGCAGUGUCAGCUCCUGGGGGACACCACUAGUGACUAGCCUGCAGCUGGACUUCAUGCUGCUGAUCACAGCCUUCUGAGCCUGGCAGUUCAGCCAUUUUCAGUCCACCUUACUGCCCACUUGUCUAGACCAUACUUCAUCAGCUUGUCUACGAGGAUGUUUGAGAGUGUUGAAAGCAUUACUGAAGUUGAGAUGAACAAUAUCCACUGCUCUCCGCUCUUCCAUGAAGCUAAUAAUCUCAUCCUAGAAGGCUAUCAGAUCUAAAAAUCUUUGGAGAGAGAUUAAAUGAUUCAACAAGUAAUGCUCUAAUGGAUGACAGAGAAUUUCCACCAAAUGAUUUACAAAUAGACUCAAAGGACAGUCUUCCUGCUGACUGCAGGGUGGAAGGUUUGGCAUCUCAUUUGGCUUCUUCAUCUGAUGAAAAUGAGAAUCAGCUUGACUGUGACGGGAAUGAAGUUCUAACUAGUAGUAACAUUGCUAUGGGAAGAGAGGAUGAUGGUGAGCAGGACAGCAUCAAUAAUAAUGAAAAUAUGGACAGUGGAGACUGUGCCCCAAGCUGUAAGGAAAGUGAGACUGAAAGGAGAUCUGUAAAUGUCCAUGUGGACCCCCAGCUGGAGAAAAAGCCUGUUGCGGAAAAACAGGCAGGUGGAAGAAGAAGCCCAAGAAGCAGAAGAGGCUCCAGUAAAAAAUCUAAAGGAGUUCCUUCAGUGGGAACCACAGAAAUCAAGGAAGAAAACACUCUUGUUACAGAUACUGAUUCUGCGUAUGCUGAAGGUGCUGAUGAAGCAAAUGAAGACUCUCAUCAGAAAGAACAAACAUUGCCAUCCCUUUUCUCUUUGCUCCGUGAAGAGGUUGAACAGAUGGAUUCAAAGAUACUGCCUCUGUGUCUCCACCAGAUAGCUGAAACCUAUUUUCAAAAGGAAGAAUAUGAGAAGGCAAUGAAAUUCAUUCAGCUUGAACGGCUGUAUCAUGAGCAGCUGCUUGCAAAUCUUUCUUCCAUUCAGGAGCAGUGGGAAAGAAAAUGGAAAGCAACCGUUCCUAGUCCAUUUGCAGCAGUGAGGAAUGCAGCUAAAGAGCUGAGCAAUGAGGAGUUGGAAAAGCUUACUAAAGUUUGUUCUUCGCAUCAACAGCCACUUGCAUCCAAACAUAAGCUAGUAGCUGCAGAAAAUACCUGGGAAAGCAGUUGUUUCCUCCAGUUAAUGGAAUCAGAAAAUUUAAAGGAAAGAGAAGCUGCAUCUUUUAAAUCAGGUACUGAGACUUUUCCUGGCGUAGGACCAAAGAAAGAAGAUAAACAGCUGCGUGCUAGCUCUCCAGGUAAAAGCAGAAGGGAGAGACUGACAGAGGCAGGGAGUCUUCGGGUAGCUGCAGGAAAGGACCACAUGGAGGAGCAGCACUGCAGUGCUGAAUCAACAUUGGAGCCACACACCCAGUCCACAGGGACAGUGGGCAGGCCUUCUUCGGGCUAUUUAUCGUCUGGGGAUGCCGGUAAAGAUAACAGUUUGCAGCUGAGAGAAAGACAGUUCUCUAAGGAUGUGAGAAAAAUAGAAGACUCAGCUGGGGAGCCUGGAGUGAAACUCUCCGCUGAGCCGAUGGUAGAUACUUCGGCUUUGACAGAUGCUGAUUUUAUGCUUACUGAUUUGGUUUCUACUGAUGAAGAUGUACAGGCUGAUAGAAAUCUGCUCAGAUCAAAACAGGUUGCUGGCUCUUCAGAAACUGCUAGUGAACAGCCGAGAAACAGUGAUUUAAACCAGCAGCAGAAACAGCUUGAUAAUGAUGAUGAUGAAAAAUCUCCACAGGACAGAUCUGCAUCAAACGUGUGCUCUGGAAGUGAUAAAGUGUCUGAGCAUGAGAGUACUGCCCAUUCACAAGUAUGCAAGGAAGUACAGAAAACAGCAGGACAGGAGGAGGAGAAGGUAAAUAAUGAAGAACAAGAAGAAUUCUUCCUCAGAUUUUUAAAUGGUAACAUAAUAGACUCUGAAGAAUCAUUUGCAAACUUAGCAAACCAAGAGGACUUUGACACUGUUCCAGAUAUUUCACCUGAUCGAGCAUCUUACAGUUCACUGGAGGCUUUAUCAUUAGAUGACAGCUUUUCCUCUCUUGAUGAACUUGCAAGAAGGAUAGAGAUUGCUGAGAUUGCUCCAGCAGAAGGUUUGGUAUCUAUACUAAAGAAGAGAGAUGACAGGAAAGGGAAAACAAUUGCUCAAGUCCAGCAAAGACAAACAAAGAGAAGAGUGCGAUUCCAAGAAAUGGAAGACACAUUAGAUCAAGAUGAAGUAGCUGGUGGCUCCUGUAUUUUGCUGAUCCUGCUGUGCAUAGCAACGGUUUUCCUUAGCGUUGGAGGAACUGCAUUGUACUGCAGCUUUGCUGACAUGGAAUCCCCUGUGUGUACUGAUUUUGCAGCCAACGUGGACUUCUAUUAUACCCAGAUAUUGCAGCGUAUGGAAGAACUUAAACACUGGAUAGCCUUCUCAUAGUUGAAAUGAGUGGAGACAGCACACUAAGAGCUCACCAAUGAUUACUGGAGAGGGUAGAAAGAAACAGUGAUUUCAAGUUCUCUGUAACACUUGCCACCUUCAGCUGAUGUAUAUUUGAUGAUGUACUUUUACUUAGUAAUCAAGAAAAAUUCUAGUUUAGCAACCAGGUGGUGAAAUGUUCACAUCUUAAGCUGUAGCAGUGUCAUAUGGGAGAGUAAAAAGUCAUUCUCUUCACCUUUUUGAGAUUAGGCAAACAUCUUUUCAACAUUUUGAGCAAGUGAAGAAGAAAGAAGAAAAUUAACUGUCUUCUAUCUGCUCUCCCAUUGCCACACAUUGUGCAAGCAAUCUCUGGAAGCUUAGUAAAAAGACAGCUUUGAUUUAUAGCUGUUUGUGCAAAGGUGUUGCCUCCAGCUAUCAUGCAAUAAGUCUGUGUUUUAUGAAAACAUUAUUUUUCUUCUAAGUCGUACUAUUUUUCUCCAUUUUAAUUCUCCUGGUGAGCCGUGUAAUAAUUUGGGUGGAGUGAGAAGAGUGCAGCUCUUCUGUGAGCCCUCAUUCUGUGAUAAACAGGCUGACUAUGUAUCUUAUAACUUAUGGUGAAUAUCAUGAGUGGGAUAAAUCUGCUGGCAGAUUUCACUAAAUUUCCUGGAACUUUAUUCACAGUAUUGUGUGAGCUGUUUUAGAAAUAGAAGGUUAAAAAGGAAAAUCAUCGGUCUCACUGAGCACAGAAACAAGAGUAAGAUAUUUAGCAAAUUAUUCAUAUUAAUAGUAAAGUGGCUUUUGCCAGUUUAAAAGCACCUGGAAGUAGGUGUCAGGCUAACUGGGUUUUCUUUCCAGCUAUGUCACUGACUUGCAGUUAUCACUUUGUGCCUCGGUUUCUCCUCUGUAAAUGGGGAAUAAUGAUCCUUGCCUUUGUCUGUGAAUAUUUAUUGAAAUUGGGACUCAUGUCUGAUUCUCUUACAUCCCAGAUGAGUGCACAAGAUUACUGGACUAUGUGGUUGCAGUUUCUCUUAAUGAGUGAUUACCGAAGUAAAGUGGGACUGAUCCAACAGAAGAAAUUCAGAGUCUCACUUCAGAUGCACAGUAGGCUGAUAGUCCAGGGCACUCGUUCUUGCAGACAAAGCACAUUUGCAUCUAUUUGCCCCUUCAGUUUUGACACCUGUAUUGUAAAAUCUGUUCUCUCUUUUUCUAUCUGCUAUACAAACAAAUUUAGAUCAGUAAAAAGAAUCAUUUUAAAUGGGUAUUUUUAUCAUGUGGUGCUCAGCCCUUCCUGUGUUGUGGAAUAUGAGAGAAACACUGACAUGACUAUUAAAGUCAGAAUCAGAUACACAGGCCUUUGGCCCAUGUUGUGGUCAAGAUGUGGCAACUGUUCUUGCACAAAUAAUGACCUCGCCUUGCUGAAGGUGUUAGUAUGAAAUGAUUCCUUUACACCUCAGGAAACAGCAGUUUGAGGGGUGCACUUCACUCCACUCAGUGAUUUCCUGCUUUCUAACAUUGUAUGACGCAGUAUGUUCAGAUUUAGAAUAUUAUUUUGUAAAAUAUUAUGAAGUGAAAUCCUCAAGAUAUUGCUCAGAAUUAUAAACAUUAAAUGAUCAUGCUUUCUGGCAUUUGCAAGCAAAUCGUCCCUCUAGCGAGCUUGAUUGUUCCUAAUGCACUGUUACACUUAACGGGUUUUUAAAGUUAAAAUCACUUUUUCUAGAAUAAAUUGCAUGUGUGAGUUCUCUCCUUUGUUUUCCAGCAGAGGCUAUUUAUACCAUAGGGAGCCUCAUUUGCAGCUUUAUAUUAUAACUAGCAGUUUUUAAAUGCCCAAAUUAAUGAAAACUUUUGCUUUCAAAAUGAAACAUUAGUUUCAGUAACAGAAGUUUGGUAUAUUUUUUGUCUGUUGCUAUCAGAGUGUUAUAAUGCUGGGCUAAUAUAAAGGAAAAGGGAAAAGGCACUUUUGUAUCUCUAAGUGUUACUGACUGGUUCAGUUUAUUACUUUAAGUCUGGGUUUAUUUAUUUAGUUUUUAUUUUAAAGAUUUUUUUUUCUUUUUUGUUAAUUUACUCAAGAGUAAUGAAAAAGCAUGAUUUCAGUUAAAAUAUGUAUUUAUGACUGUGCAGUUAGAAUAUAUUUUGGGUUUCUGCAGCUUUGCAUUGAGCGUUUCAGGAUAUCAUGUUUAUCCUAAAACAGUAACUGUUGAUUUCAGCUUAAAAAUACUCUUUAUUUUUUGUGCACUUCAUCACCAAAAAGAUCAAGAGAUAUAGAUAAAACUAUUUACGCAGAAGUAUAUCAAAUAUGAAGAUCAAGGACCUUCUACUUCUAGGUUCAUUUUAUUAAAACUAUUUAAAAAUAAUUAUUUUAUUUGAAACUGUAAAGCUAUUAAAAGUCAAAAUAAUUUUUAAUAAGCAGUUCAUUUUAAAGUCUGUGGUCCGAAUCUUGUGCUGUGGUAUGUCAGCUUUGUGCUAUAUUCCCAGUGCGAAGAAUCACUAAUAUCAGCAGAACUGUCUACAAGAAGAUCAUGAAGAGAUAGGGCACUGCUUUUGCCAGCACAUACUUGAUGAAAAAUGAGCCACUAGGUGUUCCAAGUAACUCAGCUACCUUCCACUUGUGCUGACGCCUGGAGCAUCUCUCCAGCCUUCCCAGCUUGUGCCAAGGUACCACACCUGCAAAGUCUCUCAGGAUUCGAGGGAGCAGAAAGGGCACGUAUGCACAGGCUGCCCAGCUCCUGGUCUCAGCUGUUCACUCCUCACUUGUAACCAAGUACUUGAAUCUGGAUGUAACUUCCGUUUGCGUUCCCUUAUAGAAGGGUACUGACGGUACUAAUUCUUGCUCCAUGUGACAAGUCUGUCAGGGCAAUGGUUUGCAUGAUCUGUAGUACAUUAUCAAACUUGUGGUUACCAGCAUAACCAAAUUAGCUCUGCCUUGAACUCCAAAUGGUGUGCGGGUCGGCCUGACAGGGCUUUCCUCUAUGUUAUGUUCUCUUCUGUUAGUGACAUUGCUCCCACAUGUGUGACCUGAGUGCUUGCGAUCUUACAAUCAGGUAAAUCCAAGCUAAAAGAAAGAGUUAAUUUGAACAGUAAUUCCUCUUUCUGAGUAUUUUGUUGUAAAAUAAUGAUGAGCAACAGCUAAGACUUGUAGGUAGGAAGCAGUCAGAGGAACAAGGAUUUGCCCUCGCUUUUUUUUGCAUUUUACUGCCCUUUGUGUGUAACAGUUUUCAUUUAUUCUGUUCCCUUCCCUGCAAUUGUUUCUAUGGGUUUUCUACUUGGCAGUAGGGGGAAAAUAUUAUGCCGUUAUAAAACCAUUUGUAGCUUCUAGGAAAAUUCAGGGAAUGGUUCAGUACUUAACAGUAGCUAAAACUCAUUCCAUAUAAUAUGACUGCAUUUCAAGUUGAUAGUGUACUUUCAAAGAAGAAAGCUGUAGCCAGUUAAUCAGCUGCAGCAUUCCAGUAGAAGCCCCCACCUUCCAGUUUAUUCUCUGAGCCUUAGAUAUAUUAGAGUGGUUCUCCUAGUAGAGCAAAACCAACAAGAUUCUUGCUGUAGAUUCAGCAUAAGCAGCCAAAAAAGAGCUUUCUGAUGGCAUAAUUGCACUCCUUCCCAAACAGCGUAACUAGAGCAAGAAAAGCACUCUGCCAUAGCAUAGCCAUGCUGUGCCACAGGCUUGUUUUCUAAACAAUGUCAGUAGGAAGGUGUGUUUUCUGCAGCCCAGGUAUGUCAGCAGAAGUUUGUACUAUAGACACAAACACUAGACUGUUUAAAACACUCUGUGUUUUAAAGUUUUUUCCAGUACCUUUGUUUUCAUACUUGGAGGAAAACAUGUACUCUGGUCAUAAACAGCGGGAAGUAGUCUAACCAAAAGGAAGACUCUUUUUUUAGGGCUUUCUGGGAGUAAAGGACAAGCUUGAAAUACCAAGCAAGUAGAGUAGAUUGGAAUUUUGAAUUCUUAUGUGGCUGAGUACUAGUCCACUCAAUGACCAAAAGGGUUGUUUAUACUCCUAAGGAAACACGGUUGCCUAAUUUGUACCAUAAUGUAAAACCAAGACCAUCUGAAAGGAGUGAUAGCUAUUUGUAACAAAUUUAGCUUCCUUUAGCAAAAGGAGUAAUAAUUGUAUUUGAAACCGUCACCCAAGCUUGUAAUUUGAAUUCUGUAGCAAAAAAAUAAAAUAAAAAGUGUCCCAAAGAAAAUA